GAUUCAUACCUGUCGAGUAUCACCUGCCUUCGAGUAAACGUUGCUUUAUCGGGAGAUGAGCUUGGCCACAAUUUUGGCUUUCAUCAACAUAACCGAUACAGGACCGUUAAUUAAAUAUUUGAGUUGCGAGUUAAGUUCUGGAUAAAGUCUAUACCAGCAAGAUGGCGCCGACUAUGUCGUACGUUCUUCUCGUAUUUGGAGUGGCCCUUCUACCUGCAGUAAACGGACAAUGUAUCAAUGUAACACUUCCCAACAUUCUCAACUUGGGAGAGUGUCUCGGAACGACACUGAGAGCCUGUCCGGACACAUCGUCGGGCCUGAUACCAGACCUCACCCGUGUCCUUGGAUGUGUUCUCCAGAUACUACCCCAGAUCGGAAGCCCCGUCUCAGUGCUCUACAACGUGGUUGGACUCCUUGAGGCUGUUGUUUCCAGACUAGGCUUGUCCGCUGACAUCGGUGGUCUCUCGGACAUCCUCUGCAAUCCCCUCGGAAUACCGCUGUUCAGCUGCGGCACGUUCAGUCCAGGAAACAUCGCCUGCCGGGAGCCGCUGCAGAUCAGCCUGCCCAGCGUGUUCAACAUCGGAGCGUGUCUGAACCGGACCCUCUUGUUCUGCGAAGAAGGAUCAACAAUUUCGGACCCCAUCCUGAGAGAACUGUUCCAAGCAGUUGGCUGCAUUCUAAGCGUUGCUCCGGAAGGUCUGCAACUGGACCUCGUCUCGAGCCUGGUGUGCCCCCUGGUGGACAUUCUCAACUCGUCACUGGACGAGUUCACCUCGCUGCUUCCUUUCCGGUUCCUCACGCGUGGAAUCACCAGCGCCGUCAGGUCGCUCACCAACAACUUGCUCGGGGCCGUCGGUAACUGCAACAAGUAAGACCGAAGGAGAAAUAGCGGCUGGAUUCUGCAUGCCUGCUGGAAAGAGAAAGAGAAUCAGGCAGACGAUGACGUCAUUAUCCGAGACAAACUGGAGCUCCCAUAGCCGUCCACCAGAUCCGCCAUCACGUGAACAGCCAGCCGCCAAUUUGUACUCUUCAAAGCAUGAAGUCGAAGAAAAAGAAAUGAGUAUUGUUACAGGUCUCAGCAGAAUCUCCAACGACUCUGCAAGAGCCACGUCGUGAACUUAUGGCCAGACCACUUCCCUGUAGGAUCGCAGUAAUCCAAGUACGAGCCAGGAAAUGAGUUGAAGUCGGUCGGUUGCCGCUCAAGGAUCAGUUGAUCAAUCUUUCAGCUUUUUUUCUAGUUAAAUAAAAUAUGUUCAUUUGUUCAAUUUGUGCAA